AUGGAGUUCCACAGGGGUGCCAUCAGGGAGCUGAAGUUGCCAGGUUACAAAGGUGACUCUGCAGAAGAAAUCGAUCUCAAUGUUGUUUAUCAGGCAGCAUCCAGUGGAGAUGUCAACACCCUGACUGCAGUGAUUCGUGGGGAUCCUUCAAUCUUGGAAUGUUGUGAUAGUGAGGGAUCAACUCCAUUGAUGCACGCAAUAUCCGGUCGCCAGCUUGAUACAGUGAAGCUGCUCCUUAAGAUGGGGGCUUCCAUCAAUACGGAAGAUGCCUGUGGAAGAACUCCACUAUCUCUGGCUACCUACUUGGGUUGGCUAGAUGGUUGUGUAACUCUACUCCGUAAUGGUGCCAAGCAAAAUAUCCCAGAUAAAAAUGGAAGACUACCCCUUCAUGCAGCUACUGCUGAAGACAAUGUCAGACUGCUGGCUGUACUGUUGCAGCAAACAACAAUGUGUGAGAUAAAUCAUCAAGACAAUGAGGGUAUGACCCCAUUGCAUUGGGCUGCUUUUCACAACAGGCCACAGCAUGUACAGGCUUUACUACAGAAAGGAGCUGAUCCAACAUUGGUUGACAAAGACUUUAAAACAGCACUUCACUGGGCAGUGCAGAGUGGGAAUAGAGCUAUGACUUCCCUCAUUCUGGAUCAUCACCUGAGCCCAUCUAUAAUAAACUAUGAUGAUGAAAAUGGGAAGACAAGUGUGCAUAUAGCAGCAGCAGCUGGAUACAGUGAUAUCAUCUAUGAUUUGGCAAGAAUUCCAGAGUGCAACUUGCAACCACUUGAUGUAGAUGACAGGACACCUCUUCACUGGGCUGCAGCAGCGGGGAAAGCAGAUUGUGUACAAUCAUUGAUGCAGCUGGGGGUGGACAGCAGUCCAAGGGACAUCAAUGAAAACACUCCUCUAACAUAUGCAAUGUACUGUGGGCACACAGCAUGUAUCAAACUGUUCUCAAAGGAAACUAGACCUGAGCCUGUUCGACAGCAAUCUUCUCAAAACAACAAGAAGAAAGAGGGGCGUUUCAGUGUAUUGAACCAGCUAUUCUCCUGUAAAAAGAAAAAGGAUGAACAAAACAGUACUCUGAAAGAUAAAAACAAGGAUAGAUGCCUAACAGAUGAAACUUCUGAAGUCGAUGAUAUUAUAACAACCUUUGAUUCUAUCAUGGAUUGUAAUAAUAGUGAGGUUUUGGAGGAACAGACAGAGGAGUGCAGACUCACAGAAACACCUGCAGAGCUAGCAACUCGGAAACGACAGUCAUCAGAUAGAAGACAAAAGGUUUAUAAAAGUCUUCCCCCAAUACGGACACGAAGCCUCCCACCACUAACUCUUGGCAAUACCUUGUUUAUAAAUUCCCCUUGUAUGGUUCAGAAUGCAAACAGUAAGUCUAGUCCACACCACUUUGCGCACCGGUCUCAAAAAAGCCGCAGUGAACAUGACUUGUUUGAGAACAGGACUAGCUCUCGGAAACGUUUAGAUAGUCCAUGGGCCAAAGGCACAAAUCACAUUUUACCCCAUAAAGCACGGACUACUCCUCCAUCAAAACUGCUGGAAGUUUUCCUGCAAGAAAGAGCCAAACAUUUGGAACUCUCACAACAUACUACUCUUCCCUGCUUACAGAAUAACCUCCAAGGAAUAAAUAUGCAGCAAGAAUCCCUUGAGAAAAUAAAACCGGAAGAUUCAACUCCGGCACAGUCCUUCCUUGCUCCAAUUGCUGAUCAUUACACUCGUAAAUGUAAUUUGUCAUCUGACACCAUGCCUCAGAAUGUGAAAAAAAUGAGAUCUAUUCCUCUGACUUCUGUAAGGACUACUACAGUGAAUCUCCCACAAGCACUCCCAUCCAUGCCACAAAAAGAAGGGAUUGGUCAAAUUCACUCACUUCUCCCAGUUACAACAGGCGACAUCCUGAGAUCCAAUCGUGUACUCCCUGCUAUUCUAUCUGAGAAGAAAGGUAUGCAUUCAAAAGGCUUGUCCAAGUGUGUCAUUGAAUCUCAACACAAUAGCCAAUAA